AUGCCAGGCACCACACAGCCCAGCAGAAAUUCAAGAAGCAGCAGUCUUGCCCUGGAAGACAUCAUUGAUGACCCAGAUGCAGAAGUCAAGGAUGCAGAAACAGAAAAGUACUACCUGGACCAAUUCUAUACCAUCCAGGGCAAACCAGCAAUGCUGGAACACAUCUCUCACACCCUCUUUUGCAUAUCUCAAGCCAAAGGAGUAUCUAACACCCUGUGCUCAGCCAUACAAGCUACCAUGUACCUAGUCAGGGAACUAGCAACUUCAGCCAUAGCCAACUCCAUCACCAAGGAGGUAUCCAGCAAGAUAGAAUCCUCAGUCAUAGUCACAAUCACUCCACAAGUAGCAAAGAUAUGGUCAGCAGCUGAUAACCUGGAGAAGACUGGCAAGAACCUUGAAAUGAUGGGUGAAAACCUUGCUAAGAAGCUUGACACAGUCAACAAUGCUGCUGACAACACAAACCUCAGGCACCUAGAAGAUCAAGUACAAGAUCUAGCCAUCAACAUGGACAUGCUGAGAAUGAUGAUAGAAGAAAUUAAAGAACACAUCAAGACCCAAACACCCAUUGCUCCCCACCAUGCACCAUACAGGGAUGCCCUCCUAAUGGCAGCAGUUAACCCAAAUCAUAUCCCACUCAGCAAAUGCCUCACAACAGAACACACUAAGGCCCACUCCACCAUUAAAGAAAGGCAAUUACUGAUAGACCCUGACAGCAAUCACCCUGUACUCAACAGCACUGCCAUGAGGGAAAAACAUCAUUGA